GGUGUGACUGAGUGGACAGGCAGAGGCAGAAGGAGAGUCAGAGCCAGUUGGGCAUUUGCCAUAUCUUGGUUUUAUUCUGGGUUUUUUAAAGAGGGGGGGAAGUAUAACUAUAGCAGUAGUUUGGGAUUUAAUCGGAUAGGCUGUUUCUCCAAAUUCUUUGGAGUUCUCCUGCACUUUCAGGCUGAGCUGUAUAUUUGGAGGUAGUGGUCUGGGUGGAGUUUUCUUGGACCUCGCUGCUAACUGAUUAUCCUGUCCUCGUCGCAUUUCAGCGCAAACCUCCCCUACGACGCACGGAUUACAAUGCAAAGGAUUUUGGAGGUUUGGGUCACCUUGGUGACAGUUUCUGCGCUUACCAAAUGUGUCUUUGGGGGAUACGGGUUCAGCAUGUUUGCUGCACAGUCUUCCCCUCCGGACCCGUGCUAUGAUGAGAACGGGAAUCCUCGGAGAUGCAUCCCCGACUUCGUCAACUCUGCUUUUGGGAAGGACGUGCGCGUGUCCAGCACCUGCGGCACUCCGGCCGCCCGCUACUGUGUGGUGACCGAGAAAGCAGAGGAGAGGAGUAGGGACUGUCACACGUGCGACUCCGGAGAUCCCAAAAAGUCCCAUCCACCUGCCUAUUUGACAGACCUCAACAACCCUCACAACCUCACCUGCUGGCAGUCUGAAAACUACGUGCAGUAUUCGCAGAACGUCACCCUCACCUUGUCCUUGGGUAAAAAGUUUGAGGUCACCUAUGUGAGCCUGCAGUUCUGCUCGCCCAGACCCGAAUCCAUGGCGAUCUACAAGUCCAUGGACUAUGGCAAAUCGUGGGUGCCUUUUCAGUUUUAUUCCACUCAGUGCAAGAAGAUGUAUAACCGGCAGAACAGGGCAACAAUUACGAAGCAGAACGAGCAAGAGGCGAUCUGCACGGACUCCCACACAGACAUGCACCCGCUGACAGGUGGGCUCAUAGCCUUCAGCACGCUGGACGGCAGACCGUCGGCACACGACUUCGACAACUCCCCGGUGCUUCAGGACUGGGUGACGGCCACGGACAUCAAGGUGAUCUUCAGCCGGCUUCACACGUUCGGAGACGAGAACGAGGAUGACUCCGAGCUGGCCCGCGAUUCCUACUUUUACGCAGUGUCGGACCUGCAGGUCGGAGGACGGUGCAAGUGCAACGGGCACGCUUCGAAGUGCGUCAAGGACAGAGAGGGGAAUCUGGUUUGCGAGUGCAAACACAACACGGCGGGACCGGAGUGCGACAGGUGCAAACCUUUCCACUACGACCGACCCUGGCAGCGCGCCACGGCUAGAGAAGCCAACGAAUGUGUCGCCUGCCACUGCAAUCUGCAUGCCCGCCGCUGUCGUUUUAACAUGGAGCUGUACAAGCUGUCCGGCCGUAGAAGCGGUGGAGUCUGUCUCAACUGUCGCCACAACACAGCAGGACGCCACUGCCACUACUGCAAGGAGGGUUACUACAGGGACAUGACCAAAUCCAUCUCUCACCGCAGAGCUUGCAAAGCGUGUGAUUGCCAUCCAGUUGGAGCAGCAGGGAAGACGUGUAAUCAGACAACAGGCCAGUGCCCCUGCAAGGACGGAGUGACGGGGAUCACCUGCAACCGCUGUGCCAAGGGCUACCAGCAGAGCCGCUCUCCCAUAGCUCCCUGUAUCAAGAUCCCAGCUGCAUCUCCGACAGCGACUUACAGCAGCUACGAGGAGCCGACAGAUUGCGAAUCUCACUGUAAAGCUUCCAAGGGCAAAAUGAAGAUCACGAUGAAGAAAUACUGUAAAAAAGACUACGCUGUUCAAGUGCACGUUCUUAAGGGUGACAAGGCGGGCGAGUGGUGGAAGUUCACCGUCAACAUCAUUUCUAUCUACAAGCAAGGUGAGCACCGCAUCCGUCGUGGAGACCAGCUGCUGUGGGUGCGCGCCAAGGAUGUGGCCUGCAAAUGUCCCAAGAUCAAGCCCGGAAGGAAGUACCUGCUCCUGGGUACAGACGACGACUCCCCUGGGCAGAGCGGCGUAGUUGCCGACAAGGGAAGCCUCCUCAUCCCUUGGAAGGACCUGUGGGGCCGCAGGCUGAGGAAGUUCCAACAGCGCGACAAGAGGGGGAAGUGCUAAAAGUAUCUGUGGAGGAGAGAAAAAAAGAGUCAGAGGCAGAAUUAGGCCUCUGAUGGGAUGAAAUCAAGGAAGAGGGAUAAGUGUGGAUGAAAAAAAACUGGAAGAAUUAAAAAUAGAGAGACACAGGUAAAACGUAGGAGAAAUGUGGAAAUGACUGAGUGCUGCUGCUCUGAGCUGGAGCGAAGAGUUUAGUGUUUUCUUCUUUAGGAACAGUUGUGAAGGAGCUCAUUCAACAGUCUGUCUUUCAGCGGUUGUUUUGUUGUAUUAUUGCAGAGUUUGCACCUAAUGUUACAGAUAUGUCUCACCCUGAUCAUUUUACCCACAACGCAUUUUUAUUAAAGCCCCUUGCUCGGUUUUUAAAGAGUGACACAUCUUCUCUGUCACCCUGUUUGUGUCUUCAGAGGAUCUUUUCCCACCGUGCUGUGAAAAUCAUUGUCUAGUUCAAUGAAGACUUAUAGCACGGCCGUAGUUUCUCUCCACAACCUGCCAAACUUUAGCAAAAAAUUUUCAGAUGCAACUGAAAAAAUGGUAAUUGUUGUCUUAUAGUGCCAUUCUUGCUCAUAGGCGAGUGUUACCUCAGUAAAACAAGAAAAAAAUGCCAUUUUUCUGUACAAUGAUCUCACUACAAGCAAGCCUUUGCUCAGCGCUUAUUGAUAUAUCAACAGUAUGUUGAUAUAUCAACAGUAUGUUGUGGUUGUGACCUCUGCAAUGUAAAGUAACCAUAUGUGGAUACAUAGACAUUAUUUUUAGUAGACGAUGCCGUAGCAUCAAGUAGGUGUAGAGUAGAUUUGUCAACCAUGCACUUAUUUUUACUAGUCAGACGUUUAAGAACAUAUAAAAUAUGUUCCAACAUUUUUAGAGUGCUGUCCAAAAAAGGGAAAAAAACAAGCCUUUACCAUUUAAUAGAAUGUAUAGGUAGUAGAAACCCCGCUUGCCUCACUCGUGACUCCAUAGGCUGAUGUUUCUGGUGGACUGUAACAACCCUGUAUAAAUCACAACUACAGUGGAGUCAGAAUGUAGUUUUUUUUUCUUUAAUAAAGGACUAAUUGUAAGUUGGACUUCCCAAGCAUUUCCCAGUGGGAGAACUGAUGAAGUGAACUAUUUCACCUCAUUAAAAAAAAGGGAGAGAGAGAGAAUAUCGACCUAUCAAGCAAACCUCAUACCACUGACAAACUGCAUGCUCACUAUUUACUGUAGCUGACUGGCUAAUGAUGAUUGUGAAUUAUGUACACAUUUACUUUGUACACAAUAUUCAAUGUUGUGGGAAAAUAACCUGUGGAGUGAUAAAAAAAAUAUCACAGAUGUUUAUUUAGCACACUGUGUAAAAUAUUCUUCACCUCAAAACGACUUUCUGAGGACUGAAUUUCAUCAUUAAGACUUGGUACUGGACAAAAAGGCAUGACCGAUUGUCUACAUGUUAUAUAGCUGUAUAGUAUUACUUUUUUUGUUGUUGUUAAAACAUUAACUAGAUCUAUCUCCAUGUGAAAUUAACCAGAGUUUUUUUUUUUAAAUACUAGAGGCUUAAUAAAAGAAAAAGACAAACAAAUGAAUGUCAGACAAAUUUCUCAUGUUGAAACGAGUAUGUGCACCCAGGGGAUCACACAUACUCUCUCUCACACACAAACACACACACACACUGAGAGAAACUUGGACUGAAUUUACACACACACGCACACAGCAACACCCAAAUACACACAUGUACACUUUGACGUAAAUACACGGGUACACCUCAGUACUCUGUGCAUCAUACUGUAUGUAUUUGUUGAUUACAAAGUUUUUACAAAGUCUUCGCUCACUCAGCUGUACCGACAUUUUUCAACCUGCAGGCAUCUGCAGAAAGGUACGCCCUGCCAGACUUUUGUUCUCCAUGAAUAUUAUAUCAGAAUAAUUAUCUGCUCAUGUUAAUACAUUGGCUUGUAAAUGUUGUUUAGCAGUGUCCAUUGCAAAUGGUUGUGUAAUGUCUUGUAAUACUAAUAUAUUAUGUUUAUCGAAAAUGAAUAUAUUUAAUGACACAUGACAAAAAAAAAAUGUGGCUUUUGUGGUGUUUUGCUGUCGAUCUUUUAUUUUUUACUUUUACAUUGGAUUUUAGACGGCUGUAAUGAAAAGUAUUGAUGCGUGUUUGGCUAUUGAACGGCUUAGCAGACCUGAAAUUUAAUUUGAAAUAAAGCUGUGCAAAAAAACAAAACAAAAAGAAAGAAAGAAAAAAAGCCAAAUGAGGAUCUCUUGCUGAAAUUGCACGUUUAGCUCCUACUUCCUCUUAUGAUCAAAAAGCUUCUUUUGCUAUCACGACACAACGUGCACAGUUCCUUCUGGCAUUUAAUCGAACUAUUUGCUUCAAGUUUCAGCUGCA